AAUCGGCUUCCUGCUCAUCUCCUCGAGCUAUUAAAAACACAUCUCAUAGAUCUGAAUGCUUUCUCUGAAGGCGGGUGCUAUCUAAGGGGUGAGUGGUGCUCUUAUCGUUCAGCCAUGGAGCUGCGGAGAGCAGGAAUCCGUUUCAGGCCUGGAAAGAGUCGUCGUCUUUCAGAGGUUAAGUUCACUUCAUUUCAUUGCUCAGCUCUUUUAACACUUCCACCAAUAACCGUAGAUGACUCAACCAAGUCGGAAUUUUUAAACUUGGUCGCGUAUGAAGCAUGUCCUGAUACACCAGAUGACUUUGGAAUUACAUCUUAUCUUACCUUAAUGGAUUCACUUAUCGAUCACGCUGGAGAUGUGAAGGAGUUGAGGUCAAAAGGUAUACUUCUUAACUUUCUUGGAAGUGAUCAAGAAGUGGCAGAUCUAUUCAACGAGAUAGCAAGAGAUUUGGUACCUAAUCCACAUGCCUAUGUUGAUGUGAAAGACAAAAUUGAGAAACAUUACUACAGCAAAAGCAAAAUAUGGAUUGCUGAGUGGAAGAACACUCAUUUUACUUCCCCAUGGACUGUUUUAGCAUUUAUUGCAGCACUUUUUGUCAUUGGUUUGGAAGUCACUAGUACAUUCCUAGCAGGAAUUCAGACCUAUUAUACAGUCCAUCCAAAAGGGAGUUAGUAACGAUCGGAUUCCAAAUCAAGAAAUUCAAUUUUUUGUGUGUGUUUUCUGCAUGAAUUCACGAGUGUCGUGUUUGUUAAAUUCAUCAUUCCUUUUACCUCAUUGCUGUGACAUAGAUCGAUCUUUGUACUCCUUGUUUGUGAAGUCACUCAACUAGUAUUUUGUUUUGUCUUUGAAGUUUUACUUGUGUAAAUUUAUCUUACGGAAA